AUGAGACGUUCCCGCCGCUGCCUCGCCGCGUUGAUCUGCAGCUUACCAGCAGCCCGACUGCUCUCCCCGGCGCAGUCCGUGCGCGCGUUUGCCAUGACGGAUGCUGGCGCCAGCCCCAUGUGGGAGUCCAUGUGGGCCCGAGGCUUGCGGCCCAAGGAGGCCUUCGACUGCGGCGAAGCCUCGCCCACUCUCACGGAAGUCCUGCGCCUGAAGUCGCUGGGCGACUGUACGGGGAAACGAGCGCUCGUCCCCGGCUGUGGCCGUGCCUAUGAUGCCAUCGCGCUUGCAGAGUAUGGUUUCGACAGUGUUGUCGCCAUUGACCUGGCACCUACGGCAGUUGAUGCUGCAAGGGACUUCCUCAAAGCUUCCAGCAGCCCUGCAGCCUCCAAAAUCGAGGUGGCGUGCGCGGACUUCUUUAAAUUCGAGCUCGAGCCCAAAGUUGAUGUGAUCUGGGACUGCACAUUCCUCUGCGCCUUGGACCCCAGCGUUCGGACAGAUUGGGCCAAGAAGAUGAAGGCGCUGCUCAACCCGGGCGGAACGCUCUUGACCUGUAUCUUCCCCAUUUGCGAGAAGGAGGGCGGACCGCCUUUCGCGAUGUCCGUGCCCCUCGUGCGCGGCCUUCUUGAGCCGGAAGGAUUCGAAGCCGCGGAGGUCCGUGAAGAUGCGCAGAAGCACACAGCGGGAGGAGGUGCGUUUUCUGCGAACACCGCUUUGGGUCGGUGGAUCCUCAAAGGCUGA